AUGGAAGGCUCGCAAGAACCAGCGCCUAUUCAGGCCGAUCUGGACAACCCUAGGAAGCGCGCCGCCAGCAGAUCUCCCUCAAUCCCUCCACCACAGGCUCAGCAGUUCAAAAGAUCUCGCUAUGAAGUCGAUAAUCAGGAUACUAACGACCAUGUCAUGUUUCAACCAGCUCCUAUUCGAAGUAUUCUUCCAUCCGCUGCUCUUCUUGGGUAUAUAAAGGAGACUCAACCUCGCCCUUCGUACUUGGAAAAAGUCGAUAACUGGCUCGAAGACACUUACCCUUCAGAUCUACGCAAGACAUCACGUUCAGACUGCUUCAUUCUAGACAAGGACUUCAAACCCAUACUCCUAGAAAGAUCUCAUUCUGCUCCAGCCGUUAUGUCAGGUAGAAAGAACCUCACCGGUCAAGCUGUCACCUUUGAGCUGGCGUUUUCUCCUAAAUCCUCCCUCAAGCCCUCGUCUCCCGGAUUCACUUCUCAAGAAGGGGGGCCAUCUAUUGACCCGACACCAACUAUUUACCCAACAGCCACUGGCACUCCUAAUCGAUCCAAUGGGCCUCUCGUUGAGAGUGCGCUUUACAGGGACUGUAACCUGGCUCUCAACAAUAUCCUUCUACUCGACUCUCGAACUGAACUCCCACCUCAUAUCUCAACACUUGUCGAAUCCCUCAAGAAAGGUCGAUCUUCCCCUGAGCCUAUACCCCAAGAUAACGAUGAUCUCUAUGACAUGGAGGCAGGUGCCAGCGAAGCAAAGGUUGAAGACUUUGUUCGAAACAACGUCAUUCCCCUUAGUUCCGGCAUAGAUAAGAUCAAGCGCAGCGAUCGUGUCUUUGUAGGUAGGACCAUUAUUCCCAUCACUAAUCCCUAUGCGAGAAUCAGUGUUCCUGUUCCCGAUCUCCUAUACGGGUACCGCUUGUCUGCCUUCGAACAGGACCAGCGAAUGCAGAUCGCUACAUGUGGUAACUUUGCGUUCGCAAACAGCGAAGGCCUCACCUUUCCCUUCUUCGCAGUCGAGUUCAAAGGCGACGGACCAUCCAGCAAAGCGUCCACGGCCUGCAUCCACAUCAGCGACAAGUUGAAAGACAGACUUGAGAAGUGUACGGAUAUUGAGCCCAGCAAGCCACUUGAUAGCACGAGCUUCAGUGUUGCCAUGAAUGGAACCGAGGCUCGAUUGCAUGUCUCUUGGAAAGAUGGAGAGUUCAUAUAUACGCAAAAGAUCAAGACGUUCAUUCUCCAGCGACCUGAAGAGUUCCUCGAGUUCCGCAGAUUCGUCCGGAAUAUUAUCGAUUGGGGACGGGAUGAGCGCUUGGAGUGUAUAAAGUCCGGUCUUGAUGUGUUGAUCGAGGAAAGGGAGAUGGCGACCCUGAAGAACAAGCUUUCUCGUCCAAGGUCCAAGUCCGGUGGUAGCGCAAUCCGCCUACAACCAUACUAG